ACUAGAAACUGAAGUCCCACUGAGGGUCCAGCUCACUCUGCCCCACAGAGAGCUCAACCAUACCACUGUGGUACAAAGCUGAGCACUUCAGGAGGGAUACCACGUCGCAUACUCUGAAGAAUUUCAGAGGAUUUUUUUCUCCCUCGGAGCAGGGAGGCAUUUUUAUAAAGAAUGGGAGACUAUGAUGAAGACACUGCAUUCCUCGGACAGACUGGUCCCUAUUUCUGGACCACAUUCUUCCUCUUAAACACAGUUUUUGUCUCAACUGGAUUCAACGGACUUUACAUUGUGUUUGUUGGGGCAGCUCCGAAACACCACUGUCUCAUUCCAGACGUGAACUUAACUGAUGAGUGGACAAAUGCCGUCAUUCCCUUUACGAUAGUGGAUGGUGAGGAGGUGCAGAACCAGUGCAGCAGAUACAAGCUGGAUGUGGUGAGAAAUCUCUCUGCUGAGGGAUAUGUUCCUGGAAGGGAUGUCAACCUCACUAGCCUGGAGCUGGAAGGAUGUUUAGAUGGAUGGAACUACAGCAAAGAGAUCUACCAAUCCAACAUAGUCACUGAGUGGGACCUUGUUUGUGAUAACCAGUGGAAGGUUCCCUUUGCAUCCUCAACUCUCUUUGUAGGAUACCUCUUUGGGUCCCUAAUCUCAGGACAGCUUUCUGACAGGUUCGGGAGGAAGAAAGUUGUUUUCAUCUCUCUGGCGGCCCAGUGUGUCUCGGUGCUGCUUCAGUCCUUCUCUUAUUCAUGGAGGAUGUUCUGCAUCAUGUUCCUCUUUGUUGGAGCCUCCCAGAUAUCCAUCUAUAUUUCUGCAUUUGUACUAGGAACGGAAUUGUUAAGUAAAACUAUGCGUGUGGUCUUCACAACUCUCGGGGCUUUUCUAUUCUAUUGCAUUGGGUACAUGACACUACCCUGGAUUGCAUACGGCAUCAGAGAAUGGAGGACUCUUCUUGCUGUUCUGUCCAUGACUUCUGUGGUCUACAUCCCAUUGUGGUGGUUCAUCCCAGAGUCUCCUCGGUGGCUGAUCACUCAGGGACGAGUGGAGGAGGCCGAGGCCAUCGUGAGAGAUGCUGCAAAGAAAAAUAAAGUUGAGGCACCACCAGUCAUUUUUAAAGAAUUUUUGCUACAGGCAAUGCCUCCAAGCAGGACAUAUACCAUGCUUGAUAUUCUCAAAUCCAAGAACAUCAGAUGCAUCACUCUGAUGUGUCUGCUUUUGUGGAUGGCAAUAAACAUUGGGUAUUUUGGAUUAUCCUUGAACACCUCCAACCUGAGUGGCAACCCCUUCAUGAACUGUUUUUUAUCAGCUACUACUGAGGUCCCUGCCUAUGUUGUUUCUACUUGGCUGCUAAGGAAAUGUCCAAGAAGAAUACUUCUGUCAACGUUCCUCAUCAUUGGGGGAGGAGUUCUUCUUCUCAUCCAGUUCAUCCCUGAUACCCUUCAGCAUGUUGCUCUGGCACUGGAAAUGACUGGGAAGUUUGGCUUCACCAUGGCCUUCAGCAUCGUCUACAUCUACACUGCUGAGAUUUACCCUACUGUACUCAGGAACGUCGGCAUGGGAAUGUGCUCCUCUGCUGCACGCAUUGGCAGUAUCACAGCUCCUUAUGUCAUCUAUCUAGGUUCUUAUAAUAAGGUUCUACCUUAUAUUCUCAUGGGAAGUCUCACAAUUGCCUCAACUGUGGUUAACUUCUUCCUGCCGGAGACCUUCAACAGAGAUCUUCCAGAAACAGUGGAGCAGAUGCAAGAAUGUCAGGGGUUGUGCAAUGGACCCAAAAAUAAGAAGUAUGUAGAAAAUGGAGGAAGUGGCAACCCAACCCUACAAAUCUGAUGUGCAAACACUUACUCCAUAGUUUUUGUCAUUUUUUUAAAAACUUUUUAUUUUUUUACUUAAUUGAUGCUCUCUAAUUCAAGAUUUUUUUUUAAAUUGUUGCAAAAAUGGCAAAUUUUUUGAUUUUAGAGAAAUUUCUCUGUUCUGCAGAGCCAUGUUAUCCCUAUUCUGGGUCAACACUGUGUGGGAGAGGAUUCAUUUCCCAGCAGGUUGAUGACCCUGAUAAUACAAUGAUGUAAUGCUGUUACAUCAGGCAUCUCUAUAGUCCAAGGAAGAGCAAAGACCCCACUGAACUUGUUCAGAAGAUUUUGAAAAGGAUUG